AAAGCCCUUACAGCAAAAAUAAUAUCGGGACCGUACAAAGGGACCCCGGGGGACAUAAAUAUCCUAACCUUUAAAAAGCCGGUUACUUACUUUAAAUGCGGGCAAUUAAAUUAUAUUAUUGCAAUAUGCAAAAUACGAACGGAUAACCCGGAAACCCCGUUGGCUUUAGCAAUUAUACAAAGGGCAAAAGGGAAAAGGCCCAAAGUACGGUAUUACGGGUAUGGGGAGUUGGGCUAUAUCCGGCCAACGUGCUUUAAAAAAAGCAAAAUAUCGCUACCCAAUUCGAUACCGUUGUUUAGCCGUUUAAGCACCGGGGCUUAA